UAAAGAAGCCUUACACGCCCCUUCCCUUUGCGCAUGCGUAGUCAAACACCCGUUAACAUGUCAAACCACAGAAAUGAAACUGUUCCCCUGAAAGCUACGUGAUAAAGUGCCAAUCGGGGAGGUAAGGACACAAAGGGAUUUCGUGUUAAAGCUCUCUGGGAUACAUGCUAACAGCGGCGGCAAUAGUUAACUUCUUGCUCGGAUAGUUUGAAUCAUCGGAGUGUGGCUUAGCGGCUUGUUAGAGAACAAGACACAACAGCAGCAUGUUUGGUAAAAAGAAGAGAGCACCGCAGCCCAAAGGCCAGGGCGCUGCUGCAGCCAAACAGAUGGGUCUGUUUGUCAAUCUGGACCCUGAGGAGAUGAUUGGUAUGGACGAGAACCUGGACGACCCAGAUCUGGAGGCUGAGCUUGCUGCUAUCACUGGAAAUAAAGCAGCUGCCAGAGGGAGAGCCAAGCAGAAGGACAAGAGUCCCCUGCCAAUGGAGGAUAUCGCAAAAAUGGCUGACGAGUGUAUGAGAGAUGAGGACAAUGUGGACGAGGACGACAAUGACGAUAAUGUGGAAGACGACGAAGAUCUGUUGGCAGAGCUACAGGAAGUGGUGGGUGAUGGUGAUGACGAGGAUGCUUUAACGGUUUCCUCCACAUCCUCUGCUGCUGCUGAGUCUUCGCAAGCUGAAACAUUAGAGUCCCCACUGCUGCAGCAGCAGGAUGUUAAGGUGUCCUCCGCAGCGCCUGGCAGUCUCCAGCACACCCUGGAGGAAAGAGUAGCCAUAUACAAGACAGCUUUACAAAACGCCAGGACUGCAGGAGAGACCUCCAAAGCUAGGAGGUUCGAUCGUGGUUUGAAGACGUUGGAGACUAUGUUAGCUGCUGUGAAAAAAGGGAGGCCUGUGAAUGAGGCAGAAAUCCCUCCUCCUGUUUUCAGUGGAGCUCCGAGCUCUGCCCCUCGGCCCGCUGUUCCUGCACGACCGGCUCCCCCUGUACCGUUGCCUCCUGAACCCACACCUCCAGAUCAGCAGGGGGCAUCGGAGGCUACAACACCACUGCCAGCUGUACCAGAUAUUGUCACACCCACCAGCGAAGAGGAGACGCCAUCCUCCGCCACAGCGCCCACUCUGAGCAGCCUUCCCUCUCCAGAGGAGCAGACAGAGGAGCCUGCCAACCUGCUUCAGUCCAGUCAGACAGAUGCGAACGAGGAAACCAAGACGAUGCUUUUGGAGAGGCAGAAAGAAUACAAGAUGGCUGCUCUGAGAGCCAAGAAGGAGGGAGAUGUGGAGCAAGCUAAGCUUUACUUUAAGACCAGCAAGAUGUUUGAUUCAGUCAUUGAGGCACUGGAGAAAGGACAGGCAGUCGACCUGAGUGGCCUCCCACCAUCUCCAGGACAGGGUUCAGGAGGAAUCUGUGCUUCAGUGAAGGAACCUUCCUCUGGACAAAACACACAGGCCACCCAACCAGCUACAGCUGCUCCAGGUACCCCUGCAGCUCCCAAAGACGUGCUGGAAGCUCUCGAGCAGAGGCGAGCUAAGUAUGUAGAGGCGUCCACUCAGGCUAAAGCCAGCGGAGAUGAGCGCAAGGCUCGAAUGCACGACCGAAUUGCCAAGCAAUACCAGAGUGCCAUCCGAGCUCACAAAGCAGGAAAAGCAGUCGACUUUGAUGAGCUGCCGGUUCCCCCCGGCUUUCCUCCACUCCCGGGCCAGCAGGCUGCAGGAGCUGAGCAGGGAAUUAUCGCUGCUCUGGAGGCAGCCAAUAAGCUCGCCACUACUGAUGCUGCCGACGUACCCGAUGAAGAAGAUGAGGAGAAAGAAACUGAGUCCAAGUCUGCUGUUCCAGAAGAGCCAAAGAAGCCAACACUAGUUGUCCACCCCAUAGGUCAAGGACGGAAAAGGACUCCUUCAGCCUCACCUGACAGAACAGCCACCAGAGGAGGCCUUUCACCUACAGCGGCCCAGCAGCUGGAGUUCCUGGAGGGUCGGAAGAAGCAGUACAUGAAGGCGGCUCUCCAGGCGAAGCAGAAGAACGACAUGGAGCAGGCAAAGGUUUUCCUCCGCAGCGCCAAAGGCCUCGACCCCAUGAUCGAAGCAGCACGCAGCGGAAAACCUGUGGACAUCAGCACGGUUCCGUCUCCCCCUGGUGAUGAAGACGAGGACUUCAUCCUGGUUCAUCACAGCGACGUUCAGCUCUCUGAGAAAGCAGAGCAGGUUUACACACAACUGGCCAACAUCCUCAAAGAGCAGUAUGAGAAAUGUAUGACUUACUCCAAGCAGUUCACGCACAUGGGGAACAUCUCUGAAACGACAAAGUUUGAGAAGAUGGCUGAGAGCUGUAAGAAGAGUCUGGAGGUCCUGAAGCUGGCUCAGUCCAGGGGUCUGCCUCCUCCUAAACAUCACUUUGAGGAGAGAUCGUUUCACACUGUCAGGAUAUUUCCAGAGCUAAGCAGUACUGACAUGGUGGUUGUCAUCGUCAAAGGGAUGAAUCUCCCUGCACCAAGUGGAAUUCAAACGAACGACCUGGAUGCCUUUGUCAAGUUUGACUUCCCUUACCCCAGCGCGGAGCAGCCUCAGAGACACAAAACAGCUGUCAUCAAGAACACUAACUCCCCAGAAUACAACCAGAGCUUCACGUUGUCAAUCAACCGUAACCACCGCGGCUUCAGGAGGGUGGUGGCCUCCAAAGGCCUCAAACUGGAGCUGCUGCACAAAGGCGGUUUCCUGCGGAGCGACAAGCCGAUCGGGACAGCCCUUGUGAAGCUGGACAAACUGGAGUCUCAGAGUGAAAUCAGGGAAAUCGUAGAGGUAAUGGACGGUCGUAAGCCCACGGGAGGUCGUGUGGAGGUGAAGGUCCGACUGCGGGAGCCUCUGAGCGGACAGGACAUGCAGACAAGCAAAGAGCACUGGCUGGUGAUCGACCAGUCACAGGUUCUAGUUUAGACAUUCCUGCAAGACUAAAGACAAGUCACAGGACACAGGUUAAAGAUCAAGCACUCAGGGGAGGGUGCAGUGGAGAGUGUGGGCCCUGACGUAGACCGUCUGUUGUUCAGAUUGGACUCAGCUGCGUGGGUCUGUGGCUUGUUAAAACUUUUGCACAUUUGGAAGACACAAGCUCCCUUUCACCCAGCAGUCCACCAGGAGGAGCCGGGUUACGGUAGGUCAGUUGUGGGCUUGUGAUGCUUCAGGCCAGCUAGAAGGCAGCAAGGCGAAUAAACACUCAACGAGCACAGCUGCCCAAAAGUCUCCUCUUGCAUCACUCGGGCUCGUGGGGGAAGGCGGCCUGUCCUCUGCUGAUGUUAACGGGGCUCGGUGUUGAGCCACCUUACAUGACUUUAGGUAAUAUAUCAAAGAAUGUAUGUAUUCCUUAUAUAAUACAUCUCUGGUAUCUAGAACUGCACCUAUGCACUAAUGCCAAAUUUAUCACUGUUGCUGUAAAGUCCUGCGUAUUUCAAAUUGCCUUUAGCUGUCAAGCUUGUUACAAUAACAUACUGUAUGUGACAGGACAUGUCAGUUUCCAUUGUUUUGUUUCCCCCCACCCCCCCACACAUCGGGUUUUUUGUGUGACAAUAUCAGGCAGAUGCAGCAACCUCAUAGAUGUUUUACAGGAGCAAGACAAGAAAUGAUGAGACUGUACCAGGUACAAUCACAUAAUUAUGUUAAUGACCACACUUCCUUUUUUGCACCUUUCACUUUGAUUAAUAAGUGCUUUAACUGUGGCUACUAAACUGCACACGUACUUAGCUGUGGUAGUAGGUGUAUUGGGCUUUGGUCUUGUUUACACUGAAUAGCACAAAUCUGAGCAGGGUGUGUGGGAAACAGGAGUUUAAAAAGCUAAUUAUUUAGAUAUUUAUGUUGAAGUAUUUUGUAAGUAAAUAUCAUUGGCUGAUA